ACGUUGAGAGCUAAGAAAAGCGUGAAGCCAUAUGUCCACGGAGGUCACUUGAGAUCACCAGGUGUGCAUACCAGCGAAUGAGUUUGUAAUAAUAGCGAUAUUUACGUAGCGAACACUCCACUGGUAAUCUAUUCUCCGUGGCAGUAUCGGCCGAUCAACAUCGAUCGCGAUUGUAUACAAAGACGAACAAGAGGAGCGAGUCAUACGGUAACAAAUCGCACGUUCGUGGUUCUUUCUUUCGAUUUUAGUGUGAAAUGUGACCAGUGAGUCUCCUUUUCUUGGAGAGACGUUGAAACAUCGUUCUGGACUUUAUGCAGCUUUAUGCGAUUCUGCGUGGUUUGCUGUUAAAGACAGCGUAUUUUCUUCUGACGAUGAGUCCAAGGAGAAUGUCGUCGCGGCAGAUUGAAGUUGACCCUGUUCCAAAGUGACUGCUCCGAUUACGCGCUAUCGCAGUGUAUUUCUUCAAUUAAUGAGAAUAGACCCAACAUAUAAUUGUGACGGCAAUGAGCACACGUAACGCGAAGUUAAUUGGUAUUUCGCUUAUAAAUCUCGUGCUCGUGAAUAUUGAGAACACAAGAAGAAGCAAAAUGUGGGCGUUCAAUUAAGAUCGUUCAGACGUCUCUCUGUAAAUUAUUGUGCUAUUGCCGUGAUUGGAAAGGAGGACAAAAUGGAGCUGCAGGAAAAAUCUGUUUUCGCUCAGGAAAAACCGCUUUAUGACGCCAUACCUCUGAUUAUCUUCGAUAAUGUGAAAAGGAAAAACACCAAAGGGAGUGUUAAGGGAGAAGAUCUGAAAUAUAACGUUUCAAGCCCAAUUUGCAUGACGUUUCGUUUAUUAUUAUUCUGGGUUUUGUGGACUGCCCUAGUUAUAGCUAUAGUAAUCACCAUUUUCGCACACUUUUGGUUUACGAGUCAACAUUUCCAUCAUUCAAAUACGCACAAAAACGUGAAUGUAACGGAUAAUGGUAUCAAUAUUGAGGAACCGAGAACUUGAGUGCUACUCCAAUACCCGAAUCUUUCGAGCAUUUGUUGAAUAUUUUGCAAACUACUUAAACACUAUGAUUAAUAUAUACAAUAUCUUCGAAAAACAAUGGACAAUAUUAGCU